CAUAUAUUCACAAUUUGUAGGUAGUACAAGAACUGAAAAAUAAUUUUUGGUUGCCAGUAUACCUGUAGUCGUUGCACUGAUCAGUCGAUAGUUUUGUGAUAAAUUAUUUCUCAAGUGAAUUAAAUUAUUAACCAUGGGACGUGAUUCUAGAAAGGUUUCAAGAGAACUUCGGAGUUCUGAAAAAAUUAAUAAGUCGCGUUCAGUCAAAAGAAAGAAUGUUUUUAAUCCGAAAACAGCCGAACGUGAUGAAAGUAUUCAGAGUACAUCUUCUAAAAAAUUAAAACAAAACACUGAAGAUGAUGUACCUGAAGACAGCAGUACUGAAUUUCGAAUAAUAAAUUUUAUUCAGGUAUUCACUGCAAUUUCUGCUCUUAUAAAAUGUAAAAAAUGUGAUGGAAAUGUAGUGUUUCAAACAGCAAGUACACGUGGGCUGGGAUUCAAAAUUGUAGUUGCAUGUAAUAACUGUGGAAAUGAAUAUAUUCCUUCCUGUUCUUUCGUUGGGCAUUCUUAUGAAAUAAACAGACGUUUCAUUUUUGUAAUGAGAAUACUAGGAAUAGGAUACGAAGGAUUGUGCAAGUUUUGCGGCCUGAUGGACAUGCCGUCUUUUUUAGAUAAAUCUACGCAUACAAUUUUACUGAAACAGAUUUUGAAUUGUAGUAAAGCCGUCGCAGAAACCUUCAUGACGAAAGCUGUGAAUGAAGAAAAGCAAGCAAUGCCAACAACUGAAAAUGAAGAUAUAAAUCAUCUAACUGUAUCGGGAGAUGGAACCUGGCAAAAACGGGGAUAUACAUCGUCAUUUGGAGUUUCUUCUAUAAUUGGCUAUUUUACUGGAAAGAUUCUUGACAUAAACAUUAAAAGUGCAUAUUGUAAGCUAUGUGAGUAUUGGAAAAAAAAAACAAAUACUGUUGAGUUCGAGGAAUGGUAUCAAUCGCAUGAAGAUGUGUGUUCUGCUAAUCAUCAAGGGUCUUCUGGGAAAAUGGAGGUGGAUGCGAUGGUCGAAAUGUUUUCGUAUUCUGAAACUAAAUAUGGAGUUAAGUAUGCCAACUAUAUUGGUGAUGGUGACUCCAAGACCUAUUCAGGAAUUAUAAAAUCAGAUCCUUACGAAAAUACAACUGUAAAUAAAAAGGAAUGUAUAGGGCAUGUCCAAAAGCGGAUGGGGAGUCGAUUACGUACGCUGAAGAGUAAACAAAAAGGUCUUGGUGGUCGAGGUAAGCUCACAGGAAAAUUAAUAGACAAACUAACUGUGUACUAUGGUUUAGCAAUACGCCGGCAUUGUGAUUCUAUUGAAAAUAUGAAAUCUGCUAUAAUGGCAACCUUUUAUCACUACGGCUCGAGUGAUGAAAAACCGAAUCAUGAUAUGUGUCCAAAAGGCGAAGAAUCUUGGUGCUCUUACCAGCGCGCUGAAGCAAGAGGAGAGCUUGAUACCUUUUCUCACGAUUAUUCUCCUUUACCUUCUGAUGUUUUAAAAGCUAUCAAGCCUAUAUACGAAGAUCUUAGUAAUGAAAAUUUACUUUCAAGAUGUGUAGGUGGAUUCAAUCAGAAUAAUAAUGAAAGCUUUAACCAACUAGUAUGGAAAAUAUGCCCAAAAACGUCUUGAUGAAUACACUAGGACUUAAUUGUGGGCCUAAUUCUCAUCGGUAUGCAGAAAGAAUGGAUGCUGCACGUAUCAAAGUAGCAGAUAAGCGCGCUAAUGAUAACACCCGAGAAGGUCGAUUGCAACGUAGGCACCAGCAAAUCGAUAUUUUGGAAGCUGCUAUGUCGGCUGAAGAGCUAUUAUAUGGUCCAGGAAUAGAUGACUCAGUAUGAAUCUCCAAGGACUUAUGAUGAUCACCGCAAAGGACUUCGGGAGGAACGGGCUCUACAAAAACAGCGAUAACUUUUUGAAUUAUUAAUUUUUUUUUUUGAAAUUUUCGUGAAGUCAAAUCGAAACGUGUUCUAAUAAAGCUAUGUUUUUAUUUUUGUCAAAUAAAGUAAUUAACUACAAAAAAAAAAUUAUUGAAAAUCAUCAU